AUGAUGUGACAGCGGCCGUUCGGACGCCGACCACCCCGCCACCCGCUAGCUUCGUGCUUUUUUUUUUUUUUUUUUUUUUUUUUGGAGCUCAUUUGAGCUACGUUUAGCUUAGCUUAGCUUAGCUUAGCCGGACGACCUUUUGAACUUUCAGCGCCAAGCGAUGCUGCUGCUGCUCGCCAUCCAAAGACGAGCGUGGACGAUUUUCCAGAGUGACUCGGGUCAAGUCGGAAUGGGUAAAAGAGGAGGCAAGUGUGCCCGUCCGUCCGUCCGUCCGCAUCGCUGGCAGCGAUAACGCCGACUUGAAAGGACCGUUUCUGUCAAAAGUGUGCGAACGGCGAAAAGCUGAUGCUUGACUGAAAUGCGGGAGAAAGACUUAAAAUGGAACAAAUGUUGACAAUUGUUGAUUGAGGUAAAUUUGCAAAAUGUGUCCGCAAAGUUUGGAAUUUAGUAAUGGGAGAAAAAAAGGGAAUUUGCGGAAUGGGAAAACCGGAACCGUUUUGAAUUUGGACUGAAUUGAUCAAGAAAUGUAGAGGGAGGAGGUGAAGAGGUCCGAUCUCUUAAUUUGGGAAUUGAAAUUGCGGGAAUGUUAUAAUGGCUCUGUAUUUCGUGGAUUUCAAAAGUCUGCAGCCCUUCCCUGUUCAAAUGGCAGCUUUUAGCGCCGUGAAAAAUCAGUUCAACACUGCUACUGGAACAGCCGAACAUUAAACGGUGGCGGUUGUGCGGUGGCUCCCGUUUAACAUGAGCUCGAAUGCGAUUGGUCAGUUGCGAACACAGCCACAGGCCUAGUUAUAAGAGGGUGUGCACACUUGUGCAAGCGAUGCCCCUUUUUGUAAUGGGUCAAAUGAACAGAAACGAUUUAUCUCGGGCUCAUUUCUGAUAUCGGUAUUUGGCACGUGACCAGGGGAGUGUAGACUUUGAUUUCUGAAGGAUUAUAAAACCCCCAACCGACGUCUACGCACCGCUGCUCGCUCGACAUGCCAGAUUUUGUGAUACCAAAAAUGGGGCGUGUAGACGUUUUGUAUCCACCUCAUGAGCUUUUGAGCAUUCAGUCAACGGAUGAUGAUAAUGACGGCGAUGUCACCACCGCCGGGCCGGCGUCAGGACGAAGGCUCGGUGUCGGAGUGGGCGCGGGAGAAGUGCGUGGAGCUGGUGAAGGGCCCGUGGACCCUGGAGGAGGACGAGCGGGUGGUGGAGUUGGUGCGCAAGUUCGGCAAGAAGCACUGGUCGCUGAUCGCCAAGCACAUGCGCAGCCGCAACGGGAAGCAGUGCCGCGAGCGCUGGCUCAACCACCUCAACCCCAAAGUCGUCAAGAGCCGCUGGACCCCCGAGGAGGACCGCAUCAUCUGCCAGGCGCAAAGGGUGCUGGGGAACCGCUGGGCCAACAUUUCUAAGCUUCUGCCGGGCAGGCCCGACAACGCCAUCAAGAACCGCUGGAACUCCACCCUGAAGAGGAAGGUGCAGAAGGAGGGCACGCGCUCCAUCGUCCGGCGACACCCUGACUCGGGCGCGCACCGCAACACCUCGUCCAGUUCCUCGUCGUCCAGUUCCUCCGGCUCGGCCUCCUCCUCCUCCUCCUCCUCUUCCUCCUCCUCGUCUUCCGCCGCCGGCCAGGUGUCGUUCGAGGCCGAGGCGGCGGCCGAGGACCAUCUGAUGAGCGGCGAGAUCCUGGACAUGUUGACGGACUGGAGCCCCGCCCGCAGCGGCGAGCACAGGGACCGGGCCGCCGCCUCGUCUCGCUCGGAGCGUGUCGCGGCAAACGUCCGCAUGUACGUAGCACGCGGUAGCACCGGUGGCCCGUGCGCGCGUCAGGAUCAUCUGAUGAGCAGCGAGAUCCUGACCAUGCUGAGCGAGUGGAGCCCCGCCCACAGCGGCGAGCACAAGGACCGAGCCGCCGCGUCGUCUCGCUCGGAGCUGCUGAGUCUCGGCGGCGCGGAGGACGCGAGGCUCUCGUCGGCCUCCGCGGAGGGCGAGGGGCUCGCGGGCGGCGCCCGGGGCGGCGGCGAGCUCUUCUGCUUCCCGCUGAUGGGACAGGAAGUGUGGUGGUGCCUGCAGCCCGCCGAGCCCGUGGACGUCCCCGAGUCGGCGAGAAUUAAAAGCGAGCCCGUUGAGAGAAAUGUGAUGGGUGGAGCCUGUGAAUCAUCAUGAAGCUGCGUGUCACACCCACUUAUUGGCAUCUUUUGUUCAUUUUAUAUCUAGAUGUAAGUAUUUAUGUGUAUGUACACAUGCUCUUGUAUUUAUUUGCCUUUUUUUCCUGAAUUGUUUGUGAACGCCAAGUUUUUUUGGGAAGGACUCGUCGGAUGUUCAUUGCAGUUUUCCAUUGAUUGACUGAUUUCUUGAGCAGGAACAUCUCGACUUGAAUGAUUUGAAUUCAAUUGAAUUCUCGCACGCACGUAAAGUCGUCUUGAAUGUAUUUUAAUCUCCUUUUAAUGUGAAAAGGACAAUGGACAUGAUCGAUUCGAUUUCAACGCUUUUAACUUGAAAUUCCUUUCAAAUGAAGCUGCACAUCUUUUAACUUAUGCACAAAAAUAGGACUAUCCUUUACACACACUCACACAAAUGAAAACAAUUUGAGAUAUUGAUUAUUGAACCUAAACCAGAACAAACUAUUGAUUGACAUAUUUACGUGUUAUUCUGUUUGUAUUCUUUUAACGAACAUUUUAAUGAGCACACCAAAAUCACUUUUCAUCACUUACUGAUGAAAAUAUUUUGAACAAGAUACUUAUUAAUUCAUCAACAUCAACUAGAACAAACCGACAUAUUAACGUUGUUGUUUGUUAUUGAUAGUUAUUCCCCCUUAUUUGUCACUCCUCUUUUGUGACUCAUUUCACUUGAUGAAAAAGUAAAAACAUGUUUUGUACCAAA